AGCAACCAGCAACCAGUCAAUUUAAGGAAGAAGGAUACGCACACGGCAUAUCGCUGUGUUCACGGGAGAUUCUACCUCGGCAACGAUGCUCACCGGGCUCUUGCUGUUGCUGUUCAUCGCAGUGAUACCUUUCCUGUGCGUCAGCUCCUACCUCUACCUGGCCUGGACGAACCCACGAUCGCUCUUCGCAUCGGCAAAGCGGAAGACAGCUGUGGUACUCGUUCUCGGGGAUGUCGGAAGGAGUCCCCGGAUGAUGUACCAUACGGAGAGUCUCGCCAAGUUGGGAUGGGAGACGAGCUUGAUCGGGUACCGAGGCUCAACACCACUGGCAUCUCUCAUGACAUUACCUCACGUUCAUCUCGCAUACCUCCCCGACCCGCCCUUUUUGGUACGCAAGUUGCCCUUUGUGCUGGCUGCACCCAUAAAGAUCGCAUGGCAGAGUAUCAGCGUCCUCGCACUCCUAUUGAAAAUCAGAGCAGAAGUAGUCAUGGUUCAGAAUCCACCCUCUAUACCUACAUUGCUCUUGGCACAGAUCGCUGCGCAUCUACGGGGUUCCCGGCUCAUCAUCGACUGGCACAACACGGGCCAUAGUAUCCUUGCUCUCAAGUUGGGUUCCUCAAGUCCGCUUGUAGCCAUCGCGACAUGGUUCGAACGAACUUUCGGCAAGGUAGCUUUCGCCCAUUUGUUCGUGACGGAAGCGAUGAAGGUCCACCUUGCCAAAGAAUGGCAGCUCAGCGGGAAGAAAAUCGUCUUGCAUGAUCGACCGCCGGCCAAUUUCCGUAGAUGCGGGCCCAUGACCGCGCACGAGCUGUUCGGACGUGUCAUACCUGACCUUGAUCCACCGUUUCCCUGCUCAUUCCUGCCCAAGACCGGCUUGAGCACUCGAACCCAAAUCUUCACCCGGAUGGUCGAGACAUCACAAGAGACGAUAGCUCUUGACCCAGAACGACCGGCACUGAUCGUCUCCUCCACCAGUUGGACGCCUGACGAGGAUUUCGCCGUACUCCUGGACGGACUAUCGUUGUAUGAACGUCAAGCCAAAUCGACCGCUUCUGGCUUACCAAGACUUGUCGUCCUCGUUUCCGGCAAAGGACCCCUCUUGUCGACGUUCAAGAAGCUCUAUGCGGAAAGAAUCGAAAAGGAGACGUGGUCCCGCGUGGUCGUUCGUACGGUUUGGCUAGAGAUCGAGGAUUAUCCCCGGUUCUUGGGAUGUGCCGAUCUGGGCAUCAGCCUGCAUCAGAGUAGCAGUGGGCUGGAUUUGCCCAUGAAAGUCGUCGACAUGUUUGGAUGCGGGGUGCCGGUUCUCGCACGCGGAUUUCGCUGCGUCGGCGAAUUGGUAAAGCACAAUCAGAAUGGGAUGGUGUUCGAUACCGCUCAAGAUCUGGCGGAGCAGCUGAUUUCUGUGUUAGUUGGCUUCCCCGUGGCAAAGAAACUUGACAAGCUGCGAGCGUUCUUCCCAGGAGAUCAUACCCCAGACCUGCCGGGAGCGCACACAUAUAACCGGCACGAAGUUGAUGAUCAUAUAGAUCCUUCAGCGACAAGCGAGUGGUCGACAUGGGAUGAGGAAUGGACGCGUAUGGUCGCGCCGGUCAUUAGCGACCGGUCUCGCUAGGUCGUCGUUCUAAGUACAACCGAAAUGAUUAUCAUUCCUCAUCUGAGAGUGCCAUAUCUGCUCGAGCUUUCCUGUUCAAGCGAGAAUACAGAAACCGACCAUCAGUGGGACUCCUGAGCCCCAGGGGUCCAAGUUUUUAUGCUUACUUGAAUGCCGCUCGAACCACUUUUCCGUGAAGCUGUACCCACUUUGCCGCCUUUCGUCCUGAUUUAUUACGACCCUGGUGUUGAGUCGAGAAAGUUAGACUAAUGAAGCGCGCUGAUUGAUAUAGUGCAUAGAACUCACGUCUAAAUAUCUCUCAUCGAUCGCUAUGUAAGAGGUAGAUUAGUGGAAGCUUACUGUGCCUGGACAGACGGUACAACCUACCUGCAUCCUCGUUGAAUCGAUCC